GCUCAGGUGAUCCGACCGAGUGAGAAGUCUCAUGGAGUCACGGCGGUAUAGCUGCGCGCCGCGCAAGGGCUAACCUGGCGCCCUGGAGCAUUCCGAGUACUUAGUCUUAGGUAGACUACUCAGGUAGAGGGAUCAGGGUGGUUGCCUUGUUGCCCGCAGCAGCAGCAUGGGGAGCGGCAGGGGGGUCCCUCACCUUUCAAGGGAGGUGGACGACUCUGAAGACGACCGGCCAGAGGAAGUUUCAUUGGAAGCAGCAAAAACUGACGUGCACAAGCGGCAGUCCGAAGAGCAGGCUGCAAAAAGGAGAUUGGCGGCCGAGGCCAAGGCUGCACGGCGACGGCAGAGCCAGAAAAAGGAGGGGGAGACCCGCCCCCAGGAGACAGAGGGAAGUGGAGCCCAGCAGAGCAGGAAGGAGCGGAGCAGGAAGAGGAAGGUCGAGGGAGAACGGGCCCACCGACAGCCUGAGGGUGCGGAACAGGGCGCAGCAGAGGCCGAGGGGGAUGCAGAUGAGCUGCUGCCUGCCGCGGUCCUGGCAGAGCUGGCGGAGAAGGAGAGGCUAGAGAACGUCAAGCGAGUCGCUGCCAGGCAACCAAGUGAACCUAGGGCGAAGACAAGGCGAAAAGAACCCACAAAGCCCUUGGACUUGAGGAGCAGGUCCGACAAUGUGCAAGUCGUUGUUUUGGCAUCGAAGAAGACCGUAGCAGAGCCCUCGUCUACCGAUGCUGCAGCUUUUCAGAGAGAACGAAUGUUUGGAUCAAAUAGGCGAAGGUCACACUCGAUGCUAGCUUCCCCUCAUCAACUUGUUCACUCUUUUAUAUAAAGUGUGUUUCAC